CAUUUCUCUGCUCACCAGGAAUAUAGCACAUACAGAGAAGAUGAAUCCGGAAGAGAGAGGUCACUGUCGGAUAAGCUGAGUUGGCUGUACUUUAUCAGCUACAGGCUGCUCCCGGCUGAUCUCUGGACUCUCAGAUUGAGCAACUCACCAGGAGACUGGCAAGCUGAAUAAUGACAAAAAAGGGAAAACAACAGAAGGGAAAACAGCAGCUUAAAGAUGCAGGAAUAACUAACAGCAACAUGCAUACAGGUUUUGGAAAUGCAAUGACUGGGAAAUGUUUUCUUUUGAAGUUUUGAGGAAGAGCAUGAUAGGUUUCAGAGGACAGGAGGGGGGUCAGAGGACGGGGUCCGGUGACAGUCAGUGAAAGGGCCCAAGUCCUCAUGUGAAACACGGAGGAAUUGAAAGGUAAAGGGCAGAGAAAAAGCAACAGAGGCAGACUGGCGGGCUGCAGACUGAACGUCAGGAUGGGUGUGAAGCGCAAGGCGGCCGCUGCUAUCGUGGUCCUGCUGCUGUGUCUUGGAUCACUGUGGCUGCAGGGAGGUUUGGACUAUCACUGGGAUUCCUGUUUAAAAGGUUACAAUCAGGUUAACAAGCCCCCACUGCAGAAUCAGCCUCACCAGCUGUCCAACAGCAGCGAGGCAGAUGAGACACAGGGCCCGCCUGUUCUCGCUCCGUGCCCUGGCCAGAACUUCCAGGUGUCAGUGUUGGUCUCCCACCUGCUGGCUGCUCGGGCUUACACCUCGGAUGUGCUGCUGCAGCCAUAUCUGUCCAGCUGGGACGAGCUUGUAAAGUUCAUGGAGUCUCUGGGCCCUAUGGUUAGUUUAAUAUCACAGGAGAUAGAGACUAAGACUGCUAUAAUCCGCCAACUGGCCCUGCUUUCUGAGAAGAGCCCAGAAGCAGAGCUUGUCCCAGACAUUCACUCAGGAAAUGCUGCAAACUCACCAACUGUGGUGAAAAAGUUUGCUGGGGAUUCGCGGGGGGCCUACCACUCCGUGCGCUCAAUGAUUUGGACUGAGCUGAAUCGAGGCAUAGUUGAUUUCCACCACCAGACAGACUCAGGAUGCCGGACCCUUCUGCGACUCCAUCGAGCUCUGCUCUGGUUGAAACUCUUCCUGCAGAAGCUUGCAGAGACGCCGAUGGCCGGACGGCUCAGGAGUCCCUCCGAUCUGUGUCGGGAGGCGUACCAGAACACCCUCUCUCACCACCACACUUGGUUUGUCCGGCGGGCGGCUGAGUUGGCCUUCAUCGCCCUGCCGGAGCGAGGAUUUUUCUUCAGGCUGGUGUGUGUGCAGAACCAGGAGGAGCUGAGCGUGGUGUUAACCAGAGUAGUUAAUGCCAUUGGAGAAAUCUAUGACAGGACACAGAAGGCACUGGAGGAAAAUGGCAUGCUGGACUUACCUUGACGAUGUGAAUCAUCUUUUUGACUUUGAAAUCGCUAUUAAACUUUCAAUUUCAAUCAGGAAAGAAGUAAACCUUUCAAAACCAGCAGGGCAGACUAUUACUGAAGUCAAAAAAUAAACAGUCUGAGCUUAUCAUCGAAUUACCUUAGAGAUAAUUCGACUCAUUUAACUGGGUGAAAACGUCAUUAUAAAAGCAUCUGCGUAACCCAAAGGAAGCAGUGUUUUGUGACAGAUUAAUGGCUCUUGUUUUUGUAUUUUCCUUUGCCUGUCGUGGCACUUUUCUAUGGAUUAGAUAAUAACUGCCUGAUUAAGUGUGAAGAAUUUCAUGCUCAUUGAUUUUGUACGCAGAUGCCAACAAAUUACCGCAGCACCAGCCUCCCAUGAUGCGAGGUCUCAUGUGAAACUAUACGUGCUGAACAGGGGGCGGCAUGCUGCAUUUCAGAGUAAAUGUGCCAACAUGACAGACAAUAAAAAUAUUUUCUGUCAUAUUUAGAAAAAAUAAGAUUUAGUUACACAAGAAAAACGUACUUGGCAGUUUUCUUCAAAAUAUGCAACUGUAUAUAUUAAUCCAGGUCUGGAUGAGUCUGGAAAAAAAUGUUUUCCUUCAUUCAUUCCUUUCUUCUUUCCUGUAUGUUUUUUGCCCUUUCAGGUUAGAAGAGGUUACAAUGUGUUAAAUGUAGGAACAUCAGAGUCUGGAAAAGUAUGAAAUUUUUACCUCGACAUGCUGAUCACCGUUGUUAUGUGAUCAUUCAUCCAGCAGAGGCUCCAGUGCUCUACUCUGGAGUAAUCUUUCUAUUCCAACAACUUUGCGGCUAAAAUCCACUGGCAGACUUUUACAAAAUAAGAUCCUGGUAUAGACCAGAGAAAAAAUAAAUAAACAAAAAAAAUAGGCUUUAUGCAUUCAGCUUUCUUAAAGAAAAUGUCUUGCAACUAACAUUCACUGGUUUACGUCCUACUGUGUUAAAACCCUAUAAUGCUUCAUAAUCCUGGCCACCUGCUUUUCCUUGCAUUACUCUCUUUCUAAGGAGGAGAGAAAAGAAAGGAGGGAUAAAGAUAUAGCUUGAAACCGUGGAAGAGAGCUGAAGCCAUUCUUUAUAACAGCUUUUACAUAAAAAAUGUGUUAGCUGUUUUUAUUAUGAUUCUAUAUCAGAUUAUAUGUCUAAGUUUAAGCAGUUUUUUGUUAAAAAAAAUACCACCAAAGAGUGAAUUGUGACUUUCACAAUAACUUAGUUUAAAAAGUGUAUCCCCCCCUACUACCACUCAUUCUAUUUCAUAGCAUCAAAAGGCGAAAACAAAACUCCUACUAUUUAUGAUUAGCUCCAAAUUUCAGGGGAUGGUUUUGAAUUUUUUAAAGGGGGGUUCUGUUCAAAUAUUUUAGGCAGUCCAUAUCUUAUCUGCAGUUUAUUGUCCUCUUGGUGUCUUUAGCUUAGCAUAGAUCCAGAUUGGUUGGAGCAACAAGCGGAAGCUAACGGCUAGCUAGUCCAAGAGCAGCCAAGACCAAAGACUUAAAACAACUGUAAUUUUAGAAAUGUCCCAGUUUUUUCCUUUUAAGGUCCUUUUAUAAACCUUUAAACUGUUGCUAUGUUUGAAUUGGAUAGUUAUUUACAUACAACUUGAUAUUUCUUUACACUAGAAAAGGAGGUAAGAGUCGGUGCAUCACUAAUGAUCUUCCUGUAGGAAACAAACAUAUAUUAAGAAAGAUACAUGUGGGGCAUUGUGGAUCGUUAUUGGCUGAUUUAAAAGUAAAGCGGAAUAUUUCAGGUUUAGGUAAACUUCUGCCUCCUACCUUUAUUUCCUUUCAAAGCAAACAUCAAUUUCUGUGUCAAUAAUACCUAAUGUAAACAUGAGGACUGAAUAAAGGUACAACUACUAUGA